AUGCAAAACCCGUUGCAGCCUCAUCCGACGCUUAUCAGCCCGACGACAUAUACGCAGCACCGCACCCCGACCACCACCCUAACCGCCGGCCGCUCCCACAAACCCUUUACCUUCGACACGCACAAACUCAUGGCCUGUUCGCCUUACUGGCGCAACCUCCUCACCGAGACCCCCGAGCCGACGGCCGAACAAACGACGUUCGAGGACUUGGAUGAGAGUGCCGUGGGGUUGUUCGCGGGGUACUUGCAGCACGGUCGCUCGCUUCAGCGUAUGAAGGGGCCGAGUGAUUUUCAUUCUUGUGGGCAUUGGAUUGGAUUGUAUGUUGUGGCGUUGCGGUGGGGGGUUGGGGGGUUGGAUGAUGAAGUAAUGGACCACAUCCGCGCCUACUACGCCAGCGCCGACAUGAGCGCCUCACCGUAUCGACUCGAGUACAUCUACGCCUACACUUCGCAACCGAAUCUCAUGCGGACGUUCCUCGUUGAGACGGCGGCGUGGAGGGUGCUGAAUGAAGGAAGCUCUACCACGCCGAGUGGGGCUACGGGGGAGUUGGGCGAAAGGGGUGGGGUUUCGCCUGCGCUUUUUGAGGUUCUGGAGAAGGGUGGGAGGGAGUUGAGGGAGGAUUUCGUGAGGGCUUUGGUCAAGUUUGGGAGGGAUGAGGGACAGGAGGCUGAGGAUCCGAGGAGGGGGUUGAGGAGGGACUGGCAUGUUGGGGUGGAGAGGGGGGAUGAAGGGGAGAUGCUUGAGCCGUGGGAGAAGUAG